AUGCCAGUUUGGGGUGGCAGCCAGUUUGGAGUGGCAGCCAGUUUGGGGUGGCAGCCAGUUUGGGGUGGCAGCCAGUUUGGGGUGGCAGCCAGUUUGGGGUGGCAGCCAGUUUGGGGGUGGCAGCCAGUUUGGGGUGGCAGCCAGUUUGGGGUGGCAGCCAGUUUGGGGUGGCAGCCAGUUGGGGGUGGCAGCCAGUUGGUGGUGGCAGCCAGUUGGGGGUGGCAGCCAGUUGGGGGUGGCAGCCAGUUGGGGGUGGCAGCCAGUUGGGGGUGGCAGCCAGUUGGGGGUGGCAGCCAGUUGGGGGUGGCAGCCAGUUGGGGGUGGCAGCCAGUUGUGGGUGGCAGCCAGUUGUGGGUGGCAGCCAGUUGUGGGUGGCAGCCAGUUGGGGGUGGCAGCCAGUUUGGGGUGGCAGCCAGUUGGUGGUGGCAGCCAGUUGGUGGUGGCAGCCAGUUUGGGGUGGCAGCCAGUUUGGGGUGGCAGCCAGUUUGGGGUGGCAGCCAGUUUGGGGUGGCAGCCAUUCGGGUCGGCGGCCAGUCCGGGUCGGCGGCCAGUCCGGGUCGGCGGCCAGUCCGGUGUGGCGGCCAGUCCGGUGUGGCGGCCAGUCCGGUGUGGCGGCCAGUCCGGUGUGGCGGCCAGUUCGGGGCGGCGGCCAGUUCGGGGCGGCGGCCAGUUCGGGGCGGCGGCCAGUUCGGGGCGGCGGCCAGUUCGGGGCGGCGGCCAGUUCGGGGCGGCCGCCAGUUCGGGGCGGCCGCCAGUUCGGGGCGGCCGCCAGUUCGGGGCGGCCGCCAGUUCGGGGCGGCCGCCAGUUCGGGGCGGCCGCCAGUUCGGGGCGGCCGCCAGUUCGGGGUGGCAGCCAGUUCGGGGUGGCAGCCAGUUUGGAGUGGCAGCGAGUUUGGGGUGGCAGCGAGUUUGGGGUGGCAGCGAGUUUGGGGUGGCAAGGAUUUCGUGUGGUAG